UGUCUUGUUUUUAGAGAAUAAAAAGAGAAUAAGCAAGUGAAAUAACCUAUUAAACUACUUGAAUAUGCAUUAUAAGCAGUUGUUUUAGAGGUACACACCAUGCAAAAACACAUAAUCAGUAGUAGUUGUGCUCUGGGGUGAUUUACUCAUUGUGUUCACUUAUUUUCACCCUCUGUUGGUUCUCGUUGGUAUUAGAAAUUCCUAGUUUGUAGAAAACAGGAUACUUCCAGUUGUUCACACAUAAUUGUCGACUGUCUCAUACAAAGGACCAUUUAAACAAACACACCGACCGUUUUCCCUUUUGUUUCCCGUUAAACACAAUGGAGGAUUUUUGGGGGGAAUAAACGGGGAACAGGUAUGGUAAGUUUUGUUUUUUACGGUGGGAGGGGCGGAGAUCAGCAGAAACAUGCGGUACAAACACGCCCACUGUUUUGAUUCAAGAACAGACGGAACCACGAGAAACUAGCGCCCUUUUCAUCGAUUUACGUGUAAAUGUACAAAAGUCAGACGUCUAGUGUUUUUAUGCCCACAAAUGAUGUGACAAACUUGUCGCGAAAACGGGCUUAAAUCAUAUGUAGAAACGUAAACAAAGUCUGUAAUUUUUAGACUCCCCCGUAAAUUCGUCGAGAAUGGUAUAGCCCGUGUUUAAACUUGACCGUUGGUGAUGUUGCUGUACGUGGAUUUUAAACUGUAGGAUGAAGCAUUGUAUCUUACGUCGAAUGUAACAUUUUAGUCCGUAUCGUUUAAUUUUUAAUCUCCCAGUAGAUUAACCGAAAUAACAACACCGGACUGUUGCCGAAAUGCCUAAUGAAGGAGACAAAGCGGCUGAUGAUUCCCCCUCUGACCUUCCCUGUCUGGAAAAGCUUGACUCUCCUACAGGGAGCCCACCCACUGCCUCAUUAUCCAGUCUGAUGGAGCUGGAAAAUUGCGUUUCCAACUUGAGCCUCGCACAUGAGAUAGUGGUGAACACAGACUUCUGCUUCAAACCGAAAAGUCCUCCUACAGACAGCCUGGAAGGCAGAGUGACGGAGAUUGUUCACCGGGCAUUUUGGGACAGUCUUCAGGAGCAGCUGAACAGUGAUCCUCCAAACUACGAUCAUGCUGUCAUUCUGCUGCAGGAGGUCAAGACUAUGCUUCAGUCCCUGCUGCUGCCUGGUCACGUCAGACUGAGAUCUCAGCUGGACGAGGUCCUGGACAUGGAGCUGAUCCGACAGGAGGUCGAUCAUGGAGCUCUGGACCUUCACAGGCUGGCAGGGUACAUCAUCAGCACCAUGGCGUCUCUAUGUGCACCGGUGCGUGACCCAGAGGUCAGAGCACUGAGAGAUCUCAAGGACCCUGUGAAGCUGCUGAGGGAGAUCUUCCGUGUCUUGGGGCUGAUGAAGACCGACAUGGUAAACUUCACCAUCCAGAGUUUGAGGCCUCACCUCCUGCAGCAGGCCGUGCAGUACGAGAGGUCCAAAUUCCAGCAGAUUCUGGACAAGCAGCCGGCUUCUCUGGAUAAUACCACCGCUUGGCUUCAGACAGCAGCAUUAGAAGAGGCGUCGGCCAUCAGAGCUCGGUCUGAUUCUCCCGGUCCUGACAGCCGAGGUCCCGUCAGCGCCACCGCUGUCCUCAACCGGGCCUACAUGCGUCUGCUACACUGGGAACCGCAGGACCAGAAAUAUCCCGAGACUGUGCUGAUGGACCGAGCCCGCCUGGACGUCCUGGGCCAGCGGCUCCAGGUGCUGGUGCUGGAGGCGUCCGUGCUGCUCCUGAUCAACGCUCAGUGUGGGGGCGCCGUUUUCUCCCUGCAGGGGUUUGUAGGUAAACUCAGGCAGUCCGUCACUGCCCUGCUGGAGGGCAGUCACACCAGGGAAGCUGACCUGAGGGAGGCGCUGCUGGGACUCGGGGAGACGGUACUGCAGCAGGUGAACGAAGCUCUGAGUGACCAGGGAGGAGCAGCGCUGCCUGAGGAGAGCCGGGACCUGCUGAAGGGACAAUUAUGUGACCUGUGGAAACAAAACAAUCCCGUCCGCACACUCAUAGGAGAAAGGGUACAGGGCUUCCUCCAGGCCAUGCUGCAGGGCGGCCCCGCUAAAAGGAGUCCAGAGCUCCCCGUUCCCCUCAGGCUGGUGAUUGCUGAGCUUGCCGAGCUGGGGACGGCCUUUGGGCGAAUCGUCCACUUCAACCGAACGGUCUUUGGUCCUUUCUAUGCUCCUAUCCUCAGGAAACUGCUGUUCCCACCAGGAGAGGCAGAGGCCGGGGAGGACUCACGCUAGACUGAAGGCGACCCCGAUGACCUCCGGUGACCUUAACAUAAGCUGCCAUGUGGCACUGAACAUGUAGCUUUAGUGUAAAUACAGUGAGGGAGAAUGUUAAAGGGAAACCCAGUAGUGAGAUGUCAAAAUAUAAAAACACUUAGCUGCCAAAAAAGGCAUCUAAAUUAGAGCCGAGAGCAUCUUUCUGUUAGUGGAUUGAUAUUUCUGUCUCUUUUGCUUUACAAGAGACAUUUAUAGCCUCUCGAAAAGGAAAUAAGUUUUUAAUAUUAUUAUAUGAAUUUCAAAGGUUAUGAAUUAUUAAUAGAGUGCAUUUUAACAGCACAAAACAUUAAGAAAGAGUUUGUGUGAAAGGAAAGACAGGCGUAGCUUGUUGUGUGUUAAUGGGAAAAUUCUGCAACAGGCAGAUUUAGUCAAAACUAAUUGCGAGUCUGAAAUGAUUUGUUGCCUGGAAAACAUCUUUGUUUGGGUUUCACACCGUUCACUCUCAAGAUAAA